AUGGUCGGGAAUGGAAGAGUGAUCUCGGACACGGAGCGGAUGGCGGCUUACCUCGCUACUCAAGCCUUGGCCUGCAGGGGCCAAGAGGGUUCCCGCCCGGCUUGGCCCGGACCCCGUCUUCCCCCUGAGUGGGCAGUGAGGCUCGCUGACCCACCCAGCGACAACGAACUCAGGGAUGCCUUCUUCGGUACUACCUCGAACACACCCAGUCCCGACGGGGUGCCACUGACAUUCCUCAGACACACCUGGGAGCUCGUUCGUCCAGCUACCCGGGCUAUCGCCGAAGGCUGCAUAAAAUGGGGGGCCUUCCCUAAGGCCUUCAAACAAGCGACAGUGGUCACCCUCUCGAAGCCCGGGAGGGAUCCGCCAUCAUACAAGGGCUGGCGGCCGAUCACUUUGCUUCGACUUUCGACUUUCGGCAAAGGUGUGGAGAUGACGGCGGCAGCGCUAAACUCGGGGCUGCUCCCCCCAGACGUUGCAGGAGCCGUCUCAUCUAGAUCCGCGCUGGACCUCGUCCAGGCGCUCGUGCAUGCUGGGAUCAACGGCCGCUUGGUCCCAUACAGACUCGCAUCGGUGUGA